AACAUCCAAGAUUAUUUUCAAACUGUAAGCAGAUUUUGCGACACUGAUCUGACACCCUUCUCUGUUUCAUCCUCAGGUCAUGGAGUGAACGUCGCAGCAUCAGUUGAUCCAAUGAUUGAGACCGGCACUCCGAGCAUGUUCGGCAGGACCGAACCGGCCAACUGUACCGUGUGCUGCUGUACGCUGGCCAACAAAAUCUUCAUGGUGCUCUUCAUGGUGCUGCUCAUCUUCGCCAUCUUGUUUGGGAACUUGGUGACUCUGGCUGUGGUUCUUGGGACCAAGCACUUCAAGACAUCUCAGGGUUACCUAAAGGCGUCACUGGCUGUGGCUGAUCUGGCCGUGGGGAUAUUUGUCGUUCCGCUGUCGGUCUAUGCUGAGAUUUCACUCAUGCUGACCGACUCUGCACCAGAGUGGACUUCAUAUAACUCGCAGUUGGUGAGUUUCCACCCGUGCAACGUCAUCGGACCCAUCUUCGCUGGGUGCACUUUGGUUUCCAUCACGACCAUUUUCCUGCUGACGAUCGAGAGGAGCAUCGCCGUGUUGAGGCCGCUGCACAAAGACUCUGUGAUCACGCGCAAAAGAACCAUGAUCCUCAUCGUCCUGUCCUGGGUGGGGAGCUUCUUCCUGGCCGUGUCUCCGAUGGUUUUCAGCAACGAGAUCGCUCUGGAGUACAACUCCUGCAGCCGGAUGUGUAACUACGCUCUGGGGACUAUCGGCGAGUUCCCCAGCCAGGCCUGGAACAUCCUCCUCCUCUUCCCCGCGUUCGACUUCACCCUCCUGGGAGGGACCGUGGUCAUCAACAUCAUCUCUCUGUCCAGCAUCCGGCAGCACUCGAGGCGCAGGAAACACCUAGCCGAGUCCGAGUGCCAAAGCACCUCCAAACCCACCUUCUCCGACAUCAAAGCAGCCAAAACAAUAGGGACACUGACCGUGGCGUUUACCGCAUCAUUCACGCCCAUCGCUGUCUUCGUGGUCGGGAACGUUUUGGGGAAUAAAUGGUGCAACUUUUCCUUUUUUGCCUUCUGGAUUUUGGCCUCCAACAGCUGCUGGAAUGUGAUCAUUUACAGUGUGAGGGAUCAGAAGUUCAGACUGAGAGCACACAAACUCCUCAUGCCUUUCCAGAGAAAAGACUUGACCAAAUCCUAAAACAAAAUCAGGGACCAAAGAUCAAGAGAACUGCAUCUUAUAAAUGCUUGUUAAACAAACUCUAACACACUCGCUAAGAGACGUAUCUGCAUGUUUGAUGGAUUGCUGUUGUGGUAUAACAAAGUUUAUUUUGAACAUAGCAUGGAAAGUUUUUAGGUGUUCACAAAUGUUGGAUAUGAACUGCUCCUCUUUGUGAGCGUUUGUCUUGUUCUGUGCAACAUUACAGAAGCUUGCUUCAGUCUGUUGAAUCAUGGUUGUUUAGCAGAGUGUGAUCUAUUAAAACAUGCUACAAGACAAAUCUGCCGUCAGUGUAUGAGGCUGAAUGUGGAUGUCAGAGAAGAUAUGUCUGAGAUAUUUCUGCAGGUUUUUAGUUUUUUCAGGGUGAUAAUGAAUCAUUGCAACAUGCUCAUUAAAUAUGGCAGCUUGGUCAGUGUUCCUCUAUGUCAAAAAAAAUCUGACAUCAGCUCGACCCAUGCAGAGCUCUGUGGUGAAGUUCACAUUUCUAAAUAAAGGUCGCAGACAAACCUUUAA